AUGAAAGAAAUUGGGAGUGGAUCAUAUGGGGUUGUCUGGGGAGCAUUGAAUGAACAUACUGAAGAAGUGGUUGCGAUCAAACAACUGAAGAUGAAGUAUAACUCGGUGGAAGAAUGCAUGAACCUGACAGAAGUCAAGGCACUGCGCCAGAUGGAUCAUCCCAAUAUCGUAAAGCUCAAGGAUAUCAUCAAAGAACACGACAGUUUGUACUUGGUGUUUGAAUACAUGGAAUGCAGUCUCUACGAGCGUAUGAAAUACAGGAAGAAGCCUUUUUCAGAGGAUGAGAUUAGAAACUUGUGCUUCCAAAUCUUUCAAGGUUUGGGGUACAUGCACAACAACGGCUACUUUCAUCGUGACCUCAAACCAGAGAACCUUCUUGUUUCCAAGGAAGUGAUAAAGAUUGCCGAUCUUGGUCUAGCUGGCGAGACGAACCAACAGCCAUACACUGUUAAUGUUGGGUCACGCUGGUAUAAAGCCCCUGAAGUUCUUCUUGGGCAACGAUAUGAUUCUUCAGUUGAUAUGUGGGCAAUGGGUGUAAUCAUGGCUGAACUAUUUACAGGUGGCCGACUGUUUCCUGGUAAAAAUGAUGGAGAUCAAAUGUAUAAAAUCUGCAGUGUGAUCGGCAGUCCAACAGAAACCACAUUGAGCAUGGUAAAUAGCAACUAUCAGUUCCCACAGCUUCCUGGUGUCCAACUUUCUUCACUGUUACCAUGUGCAAGCCUGGAAGCACUCGAUCUGAUUGCCACCCUUCUUUCAUGGAGUCCAUCCGCAAGGCCGACAGCGAUGAAGGCACUUGAUCAUCCUUUCUUCAAUACAUGGUACCAUGUUCUACCAUCCUUUCAAGGAAAUCCAUUUUAUGGUUUUGAAACUGAAGAUUCCUUGGAAAAUUUGACUGGUCUGCUCCCAGAAAAUAUAUUUUGUGGUUCUGAAACAGAAGAUUCCUCGGAGGACCUAGAAAACCCAUUUUGUGUUUCCAAAACAGAAGAUCGCUCAGAAAACUUGAUAUGUUUGCUCCCAGAAAAUUUAUUUUAUGGUUCCAAAUCAGAAGAUUCCUUGGAAAACUUGACUCGUCUACUCCCAGAAAAUCCAUUUUGUGGUUAUGAAACAGAAGAUUCCUUGAAAAACUUGAUUCGUCAGCUCCCAGAAAAUCCUUUUUAUGGUUCGGAAACAGGAGGUUCCUCAGAAAACUUGUCCCCUAUGUUUCUAGAAAUCCAUUUUAUGGUUCCCAAACUAUAG